UGUUCGUCGUCUCCAGACCUGGGGCGGUUCCUGGAGUUUGUGAAGGCUCAGCGGUACGAGUCUGUGCUGGAACCUGGAAACUUGCUCUUCAACCCCGCCCUGUGGUUCCAGAACACCCCGGCGUUAGUUUCGAGUGUCAACAUCUUCUGGUGCCACCUGCUUGCAGAAAGUUACAAGGACCCCUACGGUAAUAAGAACCCUGUGGCCCCUGCUUGGGCCUUUCAGGCACUGGAGAGGGCAUUACACAUUCUGAAUGAACUGCCGCCGGACUAUCAGAACUUCUAUGACUGUCGCAUGGGUCAGAGCUGCGCAUACUCCUCCCUGCCAGCUAGGGUGGCACGGGCUGAGUCGGAGACUACGUUUCCCUGCAGCCCACUAGCUCAUCUGGCUGAGGAUGCUCCUCUGAAACUCAGUCCAUGUCCAGAAACAAUCUCUACCCCCUAGACACUGGUGAAUUAAUAUGUCUGACAGGAUUUAAUAGGUACGUAAAGGGUAGGCGCUAGGGUUUCUGGACACUGCCUUGGAGUACACAACCGAUACAUGAAAUUCCCACUUCUUUCCAAAUCGUAGGCUCACCUGACUGCCACACUAGCAGCUUUAAAAUAUGAAUUUGAGACACCAUGGACCUUAGAUUAAAGAAGCCUCUAUGAAUGUGUGCAAGUGAGCCAGUUUAUCAUAAAUUCUAUUUCACCUUCCUUCAUGUUGAAUGUCAUUGGGAAUUUGAUCCGUGUACUUGUAGAAAGAACUAGAAUUGAGAGUGGGCACAGCAAUCACUCAUCUAUUGGAGGUCAAUUAUUUAGACUCUCAGCUGCCGGUACAGCAUGGUUGGACAUUUUAUUGCACAAAUAUUACUAAUUCCUUAAGUCUCCUUACAAACAUUUUAAAGCUUUGUAAACAGUGAAGCAGCAUCUCCCUAGAGAGAGAGUGUGUGUGUGUGUGUGUGUGGGUCUCCUACCAACGUUCCCUUCCCCAUUUUAUGUCGUCUUUUUCAUCACCAUAAGCAUCAUCAGCACUAGCAUGUCUCAACAAGCAAGAGUAUGUGAGGUGGCAGGCCAACCAGUGACUUUAUUGCUCGAGACAGAGGGAGAAUCUCAAUUGCAUACUCCUCGCCUCCUUAACACCCACUGGAAGAGGCCAGAGGGGAGGGACCUCUGGCUUUCUCAUCAAAUGGGAUUUGAGGAGAGAGGACGCAAGGAGUAUGCAAUUGAGAUCUUCCCUGAGACAAACUUCAAUGGGGCUCUACCAGAUUGGAGGGAGGGGGG